AUGGGCAGUGACUCGAGAGAUGUGCCCCACCUGCACAUCCUCAUCAAAUUCACUGGCAAUUUCUUCCACUACAUACUGGGCAUUGACUUUAAACCUCGAAUAGGAACAUGGUUUGAUUUCAAGCUCUUCUUCAAUGGGUGCCCUGGAAUUGUAGCCUGGACUCUCCUUAACCUUUCCUGCACUGCCACAGACCAGGAGCUGCAUGGCCAAGUGACAAACUCCCUGAUCCUUAUCAAUGUGCUUCAGGGUUUGUCUUUGCUUUCCCAGCCUGUCCAACUGGGCACAACCAAUGCCGUGGGGAUGCUGAUGUUGGACUGGAUUGGCUACCACAUCUUCCGAGUGACCAAGCACCAGAAGGACCUUUUCUGUCGUACAGAUGGGAACUGCAGGAUCUGGGGGAAGAAAGCCAAGGACAUCGAGUGCUCCUCCAUGUGUGUGGAUGGCACCAAGUAUUACAGCAAGUUGAUGACCUGGGGAUUUUGGGGGUGGGCUCGUCAUUGCAACUCUGCAGGAGACCUGCUGGGCUCGCUGGCCUAUUGCCUGGCCUGUGGGUUUGCACACAUCUGGCCUUACUUCUGCAUCGUUUCUGUGACCAUUCUGCUCCCUCACCUCUGCGUUAGGCACGAGCACCAUUGUUCCAGCAAAUAUGGGAAGGACUGGAAGCACUACACUGCUGCAGUGCCCUACCAGCUCAUCCCUGGGGUGUUUUAAGGCUGACACAGAAUCCAGGGAAAGCAAAAAAGAAACUUUGU